AUGUGGCGGAUCACUUCCAAGCUGCUCUGGGCUUUUGACAUUAGCGAGCCCAUUGAUCCGGCCACGGGCAAGACAAUUCCACUGGAUCCGAAUGCUUAUAACCCUGGCAUCACGCAAGCGCCCCUGCCGUUCAAGGUUAGGAUUGUCCCUCGAAGCAAAGAACACAUGGCUGCGCUGCAAAAGGAACUCAGGUCUGCUUUGGACUUUCUUGCGCCAUUCGAGUCCAACGAGUAA